GCUCACCUGAGAGACAACCUGCAUCCUCCCUACCUACGCUACAUCAUCCACCCAUCCAUCGAUCCCACGCCGACAAAGAAGAGAGAGGAGAAACAGAGAGAAGAGAUCAGCAACAGACAGACAGACAGACAGACAUGCUCUCCAAAGUACAGAGAUCCUUCAGACCUGCGUCUGUUACGCUGAGACGACUCCACCAGUCAGUCCUGGAUGUGGUAGAUCAUCCAGCCUCAGAGGACAGUGUGACAGACAGUUUUGGCAGGUUCAUCCAGGGUGUCCAGCCCCACCAGCUGACCCCCACUGUGCUCCACCGCAGUAAGAGAAUGGUCCUAGACUCCAUCGGAGUGGGACUACUGGGCAGCACCACACAUGUCUUCCAGCUGGCCCUGCAACACUGUCAGCACAUGUACGGUCCUGAUGACAUCAGCAGUGUGUACGGACGCAGAGGAACCAGACUCUCCCCAACCCUGGCUGCCUUCGUCAACGGAGUGGCUGCCCACUCAAUGGACUUUGAUGACACCUGGCAUCCUGCCACUCACCCGUCAGGGGCAGUCCUUCCUGCCCUGCUGGCAGUCAGCGAUAUGCUGCCCAGUAACAGCAAGCCUAGUGGGCGGGACUUCCUGCUUGCGUUCAAUGUGGGUAUAGAGAUCCAGGGACGACUGAUGAGAUUCUCCAACGAGGCUCACAACAUCCCCAAGAGGUUCCACCCCCCUACUGUUGUGGGUACUCUGGGUAGUGCAGCAGCCUGCGCCCGCCUCCUUUCUCUGGGACACUCCCAGUGUAGCCACGCCCUGGCCAUCGCUGCCAGCCUAUCAGGAGCCCCCAUGGCUAACGCCGCCACCCAGUCCAAACCCCUCCACAUCGGCAACGCAGCGCGGCUGGGGCUUGAAGCGGCUCUACUGGCCUCUAGAGGUCUGGAGGCCUCACCCAGGGUCCUGGAUGACACCGCCGGGGUCGCAGGGUUCAGCGCCUUCUACGAGGACUACGCCCCACAACCUUUGGCCUCCCCAGAGGAAGAGGGGUUGCAGUUCCUCCUAGAGAACCAGGAUAUAGGGUUUAAGAGGUUCCCGGCCCACCUGGGGAUGCACUGGGUGGCCGACGCUGCUGCCGCCGUACACAAACUGCUGCUGGGGGAGCAGGGGUCAGGGGUCGUAGGUCAGGUCCAGGACAUCCUGCUCAGGGUUCCCCGCUCCAAGUACAUUGAUCGUCCGUUCCCGGAGUCGGAGCAUGAGGCCAGACACUCCUUCCAGUUCAACGCCUGCUCUGCCCUGCUGGACGGAGAGGUCACCGUGGACUCAUUCUCCCAGGAAGCACUGCAGCGCCCCGACCUCUACUCCCUGCUGGGGCGUGUCCACGUUGAGCAUCCCCAUGACAACCCCGCUAACUUUGACCGCAUGUACGGCGAGGUGCAGGUGACGCUGGUGGGCGGGGACGUCCUGAACGGACGCUGUGAUACUUUUUAUGGUCACUGGCGUAACCCUUUGACCAAUGAGAGCCUGAGGAAGAAGUUCCGUAGCAACGCUGGGGCGGUCCUUCCCAGAGAGAAGGUGGAGGGUCUGAUAGAGGCAGUAGAGGGACUAGACCGACUGGAGGACUGCUGUCCUCUGCUGGAGCAGCUACAGUGAUGACACACAGAGCUACAGGGAUCACACGCAGAGCUACAGGGGUCACACACAGAGCUACAGGGGUCACACACAGAGCUACAGGGGUCACACACAGA